ACGACGUGUCUCUGUGAUGAAGAUUUGCAGGAGGGUCUCGACGACAGGACGAGCGAACGGAACCGAACCUACCACCGUUAAUGCAACGCUCCAGUGAUGGUGUAUGCCCAGUCACCAACCAGAGUCGGAGUGAACCCCUCCCUGUACUCUCCAGCGUUCAUGUAUCAGAUGUCCUUCAACUUGACCAAGAGGGAGAACUCCACUGUCCUGGCCACCUUACCCACCACUGCGCUUUUCAGCCUCGAGGCCUCGUCCUCCGGCCGGCCCAACGUCACUGCCGCCUCCAGUGAGCUGACGCCAGGCGAGGUUGCUGCCCUGGGUGUGGUGUUUGGAGUUCUCUGGUUGACCUCCAUCCUGGGAAAUGCUCUGGUAUGCCUGGUCAUCCACAGGAGCCGAAGGACUCAGUCCACCACCAACUACUUUGUGGUGUCUAUGGCCUGUGCGGACCUGCUCAUGAGCCUUGGCUGUGCUCCGUUUGUCCUCCUGCAGGUCACUGCAGGACAAUGGCCGCUAAGCACCGCUGCCUGCAAGUUGGUGCGCUACCUGCAGCACCUCUGCCCAGGUGUUCAGGUGUAUGUCCUGCUCUCCAUCUCUGUGGACCGUUUCUACACCAUCGUCUAUCCUCUGAGCUUCAAGGUGUCCAGGGAAAAGGCAAAGAAGAUGAUCGUGGCCUCGUGGCUGUUUGAUGCAGCCUUUGUCACGCCCUGCUUCUUCUUUUACGGAUCUACUGACAGUCACUGUGACUUCUUCCUCCCUGUCAGCUGGGGCAGUAUAGCCUACGCUGCAGUUCACCUUCUGGUUGGUUUCCUGGUCCCUGUGGGGUUGAUUGUAUCCUUCUACCAGAGGGUGGUUCGAUACAUCUGGAGGAUCAGCGCUGAUGGCCACACGGUGCGCCGAACAAUGAACAUUGUACCACGGACUAAAGUUAAGACCAUCAAGAUGUUCCUCAUGCUCAACUCAGUUUUCUUCCUCACCUGGACGCCCUUCUAUGUUGCUCAGCUCUGGCACCCGAAGGAGUCUGCUGUACCCACCAGGCAGGAACUGUUGUUCUUCACAGCCAUCGCCUGGAUCUGCUUCGGUUCCACAGCAUCCAAACCAACCCUGUACUCCGUCUACAAUGCAAACUUCAGGCGUGGCAUGCGAGAGACUUUCUGCACGUCAUCCAUGAAGUGCUACCGCAGUAACGCGUACACCAUCACUGUCAGCUCCCGGAUGGCCAAAAAGAACUACGUUGGUGCGGUGGAUCUCCCAGUCCAAGCGAAGACCAUCACCAAGGACUCGGUGUACGAUGCUUUUGACCGAGAGGCUAAGGAAAAGAAGGUAGCUUGGCCCACCAACACCAACCCUCCUAACACCUUUGUGUGA